AUGUCCCGACUUUCCCAGUUCACCCGGAUCGUAACACCUUCCUUCCGGGAGAGCGUGCUGGAUUUCUGGUUCCAGCGUCAAAAGCCCGGGGCAAGCCCGGUUCUGCCGGGACAGAGCGACAUGGCCCGCUGGUUCAGUAGAGACACGGAAUUCGAUAAGCUGUGCACACGACAAUUUCUGCCAGCUCUUGAGGCCAUUCGGGAAGCAAAUGUGACCGCAACAGAGCUUCGAACCGCUCUCAAUCUCACGUCCCCUCUGGACUGGCUCAGUACUCUGUUGUUGCUAGACCAGAUGUCUCGGAACUGCUACCGGGACUUGCAGUCGGCCGUAGUCUUCACCAAGUUUGACCCGCUGGCAUCCGAGCUUGCCUUGCAAGCCAUCAAGCAUGGCGUUCCGGACUCGCGGCCGAUCAAAUACCAAUUGGCCUAUCGACUUUGGUUUUACCUGCCCUUGAUGCAUACCGAGAACCUGGAAACGCAUAAUUUAGCCAUGCGCCAGUAUGAGAAGAUGUCGAAUGACGCUGAGGAGUUGAUCCGAAAUGGGAAAAAUUCUUCAAUGGACCCCGAGACUGAGGAUUGUUACCGGGUUUUCUCCCAGCAGCCAGACACGAUACGCGAUUAUAUCAAAAGAUGUACUGAGGAAGAAGUGAAUCACGCUGGCUUGAUUGAACGCUUUGGUCGUUACCCGCAUCGAAACAAGCCGUUAGGCAGGACACCCACGGAGGCAGAGAUUGCCUACCUGAAGAAUGGCGGGCAGACGUUUGGGGCAAAAGCUGAUUAUGACAAUUGA